GGAGACUGAAGCUGAACUGAGCUGAACUGAGCUCCGUUGAGUCCUUUUGUUGUGCUUUUUUGACGAUUUUGACUAUGAGCGAUUCGGGUUCAGCGACAAUCGACACGCAGGAGACGUUCAUCCGACAGCGCCACGCAAAGUACUUUGCAAUGUGCCUGAAGGUCCUCCCGCGCUCCAUGGCGACGCUGGACACGCAGCGAAUGACGCUCGUGUACUUUGCAGUGUCCGGAUUGGACUUGCUCAACUCGCUUGCGCUGAUCGAGUCGCGCAGAGCCGCCAUCAUUGACUGGGUCUACGCAAUGCAAGUGCUGCCAGACAAGGACAACCCCGGGUUGAAUGCUCAGGCGUGCGGAUUUCGCCCUGGAUCAAGCGUCGGAGCGCCGUACAACCCAAAGUGCGAAGCACAAGCCUGCCUCAAACACGACAGCGGUCACCUUGCCAUGAGCUUUACGGCGCUGUCCGUGUUGGCGGUGCUUGGUGACGACUUUUCGCGUGUCAAUCGUCAAGCCAUCGUGCAGAGCAUGCGGGCGUUGCAAUCGGACAGCGGCGAAUUCUUCGCUACGGCAGACAAGAACGAAAGCGACGUUCGCUUUCUGUACUGCGCCUGUGUUGUAUCACACCUCAUCAAGGAUUGGAGUGGCGUGAACAAGGCCACUGCCGUUGCGUACAUCAAGUCGCGGCAGACUUACGACGGGUCGUUUGCAGCCGCGCCAGGCUUGGAGGGCCACGCUGGCUACACAUUCCUUUGCGUUGCUUCCCUCUAUUUAAUGGACCAAUUGGACGAGGUUUACACCAAGGUCGAGCAAGACCGCAUCAUUCGGUGGUGUAUCAUGCGUCAACAAACUGGGUUUACCGGUCGCCCCGGAAAGCUCGUCGAUUCGUGCUACUCGUUUUGGGUUGGUGGUACUCUGAAGAUUCUGGGAGCCUACGAUCUCGUCGAUAGAACGUGCCUUCGCGGCUUUUUGCUUUCAACUCAAUCGACUACCACCGGAGGGUUGGCCAAGUCGCCCGACACGCUUGCCGAUCCACUUCAUUCUUAUCUUGCGCUGUGUGGGUUUUCUCUCAGUGGCGAGCCUGAUGUUCUGCCUUUGGACGCAGCCAUUAACAUGUCUGAACGCGCAUCGCAGCAUGCUGCCAGUCUCAAAUUUUGAGAGUACUAGUAGAAUGACAAGUUUGUGUGUUUGUUCACAUAGUUGAUUAAAGUACAAUACGUAAGCCA